CAACCCUACCUAGUACUAAUCUAAUCAACUUUGGGUCUAAUUGAAUAAAUUGAAGGAAACUUAUGAGAAUUAUAUAAUGGCAGGUUAGGCGCCUAAGGUAUCAGGUAAGUGAUAGAAGGUAAAGUGGUUUCCCGUUUAAUUACCAUCUAAGGCGCUUAAGGCAUUGCUAAAUUAAACAUGAGAGGGGAUACAUUCAGAAGUUACACGACGGAAGCUGUUACCAAAGGCAAUCACACUCUACGCUCGAGUUGAUUAAUUAUCCUCAAUUCCUUCAAUAUGCAGUUCACAACCAUUGGGAUCACCCUCGCCUCUUUGGCGUCUGCGGUGGCCGAGGCUCAUCAAGGCUACGUUACCCCUGGCGAGACUCUGGUUAAGACCUCGAGCGAGUCUUUCAACCCUUACCCGAAUACGACACAGACUGGGCUACCGACAGAGUCUUUCUCUCAUUUCCCGACUAUAUCCUUUGCGCCUUACCCCAGCGCAUCCGCAACCUCCUCUGUCUCUUCCGCCAACCCCGUUCCCGGCAUCGGCAAUGGCACCCCCGUCAAAGAUUUUCGCCUCCAGUGCGAUAGCGACAGCUUAGGACUAGUUCAGUCUCAAAUUAGACCCGGCAUCUAUUAUCUUCGAGGCACCUGCGGCGGCUUAUACAACGAUGCUCAUGCGUCACGCUGCUCCUUCCUAGACCUCAGCAUGUGUUACACUAAUGAUGGGGGAAACAUACGCCCUCAGAGGAUGGGCCACUUCCUAGAUUCAUGCGAUAGAUGCGUCUUAUACACGUCUCGAGGCACGAAUAUGCUGGCCUGUACCUGUGCAAAAGGCGACCACAACGGCGGCGGAACACAAGAGACCGCAGUUCAGCUAGACAACCUCCUAUACGUGAAAAACGGCUUCCUAAGCUGCCACGGCUACACCAACUUCGAGUGCCCGGAGGCCAAUGUGCCUUUUUAAGCUUUUAGUAUUCGGUAUCUGGCAAACACGGAGGCGAGAAGGUAGCUUAUUACCAUGUAAAUAGCGCACCGGGCAUCUUGAACAUGCUUCCUAGUCGAGUGAUAAUCGCCUACUUAUAUGAAGAAUAGUUAAUAAACUUGAUCGAUAAGUUUCAUAACAGUAGCUCUAUGAGGAACACUCCGUAGUAGCGAAAUGAUAAAAUAGGGAUGGGUAGUCAGUCCUUUUCAAAAAGUGACAAUUCGCCGAAACAAACAUUAGCAAUGGAUUUAUCAUAUGAUCUGAUGUGGAGAUAAUAGCCAGGGGGAAAUAAUUCUCGAGACGCAGCUAGCGAUUCAAUUCAAGAAUGAAAUCCCAUCAAUAGAUUUAUGGAGUCGAAUGUUUGAAGAAAAAACGCAUUACUGCCAAAAGUCUAGGAUUAUUCAGUAGAGUGGUAAUUAU